AUGACGCCGAUCAGUAUAGCCCUGUAUUUUACAUCACUUCAGGAGCUGAGCUUUUUACCUCCCAUAACUCCUCCAGAAAAAUUCUUUCUUUCUCAACUGAUGUUGGCCCCUCCUAGAGAACUGUUCAAGAAGACUCCUCGGCAGAUUGCUUCAAUGGAUGUGGGGAACAUGGCCCAGUCAGUGGAUAUAAGUGGACUUCAGCUGGCAUUAGCAGAACGUCAGUCCGAGUUGCCAACACAGAGCAAGGCCAGCUUCCCCAGCAUUCUCAGCGAUCCUGACCCAGAUUCCUCCAACUCCGGUUUUGACAGCUCUGUUGCCUCCCAGAUCACUGAAGCCUUAGUGAGUGGACCAAAACCUCCUAUAGAAAGUCACUUUCGACCAGAGUUUAUUCGACCACCACCUCCACUCCAUAUAUGUGAGGAUGAAUUGGCCUGGUUAAAUCCAAUAGAGCCAGAUCACACAAUUCAGUGGGAUAAGUCAAUGUGUGUUAAGAACAGCACUGGAGUUGAGAUAAAAAGAAUCAUGGCAAAAGCUUUUAAAAGUCCCUUGACUUCCCCACAGCAAACACAGCUCCUUGGAGAACUGGAAAAGGACCCCAAGCUUGUUUACCAUAUUGGUCUCACUCCUGCCAAAUUGCCAGACCUGGUUGAGAACAAUCCUUUAGUAGCUAUAGAAAUGUUGCUGAAGCUGAUGCAGUCUAGUCAGAUAACAGAGUAUUUUUCUGUCUUGGUCAACAUGGACAUGUCCUUACAUUCAAUGGAAGUUGUAAAUCGGUGAGUACUG